AUGGGCUCACUCCCUGGAGUUUUAUUUCCUUUAAGAUUACAACUUUGGCCUCGUUCACGUGCUGUAACAAUGUCUACAACAGCGGAUGUGUUUAAAACAACAUCACUUUCUAGUGAAAAUCCAAUAUUCUUAUACGAUGUUCCACUUUCAUUACAAAAAAUAUCAAAAGCUGUAAUAUUUUUAUUCAAUUUAUUUUUUCAACGAAAAUUUAUUGUUCAUCGUCUAACUGGUCUACUCUAUUUGAUUCAAUACGCAUUAGCCUUCUAUUUAUAUUUUAAAAAUUAUGAAAUAUUUAAAAAUUCAUUUUUAAUUUGGUCACUACCAUUAACGGGACUAAUUCAGUCGAUAACAGCCAUAUAUACAUUUACAUUUUUAUCAAAAACAAAAGUUGAUCCAGGUUAUUAUUCUGAUCGUGGUACACUGUCCUAUCCAUUUAUUGUUGAAAACUCAUUUUUUGCCAGUCUUCUAUUAUUCCAAUGGCUUUAUUAUUCGAAUCAAUUUUACAAUUUAAUAAGUUAUACGAUAAUUAUUGAAAAUGUAAUAGUAUUUAUUCCGUAUAUACCAAGAAUGUUAUGGCCAAAAACACAUUUUAGAGAAUCGUUAAAAAAUUCGGAAAAAAAUAAAACAAAACCGAAUCGAAAAUUUUAUUUUGUUGUCACAUUCAUAACAAAAAUAUUUUAUAUCUGGGCUAAACACUAUAUUGGCUAUUUUUUGAAUUAUGUUCGAUUUCUAGACCGUGCAACAGAUAAACAAAUAUACUAUAUCUAUUUAUUAUUAAUAUUCAGUGCAUUUGCCACGACAAUAGCGGUAUUUCUUCAUACAUUAAAAUUUAAAGGAUAUAUUGGACCGAGAACAUCAUUCAUUGUUUAUAUGAUAUCUUAUUUAGCCACAUUUUAUUCAUUUAUACAAAUACGUCAUAUAUUCAUUAUCAAUUUCGAUUUAACUUUAUAUGUUCUAAUUGGAUUGCUACUGAACUUUACACGAUUUCAACAUCCCUAUCAGAUUAGCUUAAUGAUUUUAUUUAACUUAUUUAAAUUCAAUGUAUUACCAGCAAAUAUAGCCCAGUAUUUGUUUUUAACGAAGUGA